CAAACUUUAAAUGUAAACAAAUUAUAUAGACAUUUAAUAAAAUGUAGACACUUUUUAAGAAGGACUCCAUAUGAACAUAUAUGUGGUGUUGAAAAAAAGGCACUGUUUCCACAUUUCCAGAUCCAAGUUCAUUCUGCCACCGACACACAAAGUUUCCUAAUCUCGAAGUCAAGUUUUUUUCUUUCUUCUUUAAAAUUUUCCUGGAAACUUAACCAUUCUCGGGAUUUCCCAAGAAAAGUUAAAAUCUCUCCUUCGUUAGUUUUAGUUUCCUUUUGGGGGAUCAUUUGGAUUCUUGGUUAAAUCGAAAGGAAGUCCGACAUGUUCCGGCUUUCACCUGGUAGGAACCAAAGAUCGAAAGGAUUGAAGGUGAAGCAUGCUCUACAAAUAUGUGUUCUUGUUGGUAUUUGCAUUUGGCUGCUUUACCAAGUUAAGCACUCUGGGGAGAAGAAAGCCAUUUAUGAGAAAUCUGGGAGUGAUGUUGUGAAGUUGGGGCGAAAGGACUUCCCUCGAUCGGAAGGGAUGACUGUUACAGAUGCACGGCAUAAGGAGGAAGAAGAGGAAGAAAGUAAGAAUGGGGAUGAAGAUAAUAAGCCUGAGGUAACCGAAGAUGAAGGAAAUGGGGAAGUUGGUGGGAUGCAUGAGCAUGAUAAUGAGAAACCCGAGGAGGGAACUGAGCGUGAAGAACAUAGGAAUGACGAUAACGAAGAUACUAUGGAAAAUGAAAACAAAGGAAAUGAGGAGACUCGUGAAGGCGAUAAUGAAGAGAAAGAGAACAUCAAGGAUAGUCAAGAAAAGGAAAAUAAAGAGAUUGGGGAAGAGAGCAAUGAGAUGGAGAAGAGUGAAGGUGAGAUAGAGAAUGCAGGUAGCUCGGAUGAUCGGGUUCGUGAUGGAAUUGAUGGGAAUAAUGAAGAAGCGAGAGAAGAGCACUACAAGGGGGAUGAUGCUUCAAGUGAAGUAGUCCAUGAUACCCAAAAUGAGACGAGUGGUUCAGAAAAUUCCAACGAGGCUGAGCAGUUGGAAAACAAAGAUAAGAAUGACCGGGAGGACGAAACAAAUAGCAGUGAAGCGGCCAAUGUCGGUCAUGAAGAGUCGAAUGUGCAAGAAAAUGGAACAGCUGAAAACAAUCAAGAAAGCAGUCAUGGGAAUAAUGAAGCCGAGUCUAAAGAAGAUGCACAUCCCGAUACAGCUACGGAAUUGAAUGAGAAUCUGACAGAUACAACACACAGUUCAACCGAGAAUGUAAAUGGUAUGGUUCAGCUAUCUGAGAAAUCGGAUUCAGGUGGCAAUGAUGAGCACUCAGAUUCAAAUACAACCCCUAUUUCAACUGAUAAUGGGGAUGGAGCUAAUGGAGGUUCUACAAGUAAUUCGGAUUCCAGUGAAUCAAAUGGACAGACUGAAAAAUCGAAUGCCGGAUCACACAGCAAUUCAAAUGCUGUUCAGAGUGAGGAAUCAAACAAUAAUUCUGGAGGAGAGGGGACACACACAAAUGAAAAUUCAAAUGCUGACCAGAACAGUGGAACAUCGUCGAACACUAAUGAUAAUGCUGGUGCAGGUCAGAAUGGGAAUGAUAGUAGCAAUUCUAACAAUGACGGGAAUGCGAAUGGGAAUGUUGGCAGCACAGACAAUCAGAGCAACACCAAUGACAAUGUAAAUGCAAAUGAAGAUGUUACUCAAAAGGAAAACAACGAUUCAAGUUCAAAUGAAAAUGCUGCACAGAGCAACACCAACAACAAUGAAAACAAUAACAAUGAAAAUGCGGGUCAGGACGGGAAGAAUGCCACUCAGAGUAACACUGACAACAAUGAAAAUGUGGGUCAGAAUGAGAACAAUGCUGCUCAGAGCAACACUGAGAACAAUGAAAAUGCGGGUCAGAAUGAGAGCAAUGCAACUCAGAGCAACACUGAGAACAAUGAGAAUGCGGGUCAGAACGAGAAAAAUGCUGCUCCAAGUAACGCUGAGAACAAUGAGAAUGUGGGUCAGAACGAGAACAAUGCCGCUCCAAGUAACACUGAGAACAAUGAGAAUGCGGGUCAGAACGAGAACAAUGCUGCUCCGAGUAACACCGACAACAAUGAGAAUGCAGGUCAGAACGAGAACAAUGCGACUCAGAGCAACACCGACGAAAACAACAACAAUGAAAAUGCAGGUCAGAAUGAGAACAAUGUGACUCAGAGCAACACUGACAACAGCAGCAACAACAACAACAACGAAAAUGCUAGUCAAAACGAGAACAAUGCUGCUCAGAGCAGUAACAACAAUGAAAAUGCAAGUCAGGAUGAGAACAAUGCAUCUCAGAGCUUCACCGACACCACCAACAACAAUGAAAAUGCAAGUCAGGAUGGGAACAAUGCAUCUCAAAGCUUCACCGACACCACCAACAACAACGAAAAUGCAAGUCAGAACGAAAACAAUGCUUCUCAGAGCUACACCGACACCACCACCAACGAGAGCAACGAUGCCAUUCAGACCAAUACCAACAGCAACGAAAACUCAAGUUCAAAUGAGAACAAUGCCGUUCAGUCCUCCAAUAACGAAAACGCAGGUCAGAACGAGAACGAGAACAAUGCUACUCACAGCUUCAACGACAGCAACGGGAGCAGCAAUUAUGACACAAAUACAGAUGGAAACACCCAGAAUAAUCCCGACACUUCUUCAACGAAUCAAGAAGUAAAAGAAGGUGAAACUGGUUUGGGAACUUUGCCAGGUACCACAAGUGAGGGAAAUAAAAGUGAGAAUGCAACUGCGGAAUGAAAUUGAUAAUGGUUUGAGAUUUCAGUAUAUGAACUAAUUACUGUCACUAAAUUUUUGUUUUUCUUCUUUCCUGAUAUGGGAUCAGGAAACUGUAUGUUCCUGGUUACUUGUGCUUUGUUGUCAUAUUAGUGCUGAAAAAUUUUAUAUUAUUUUGUACUUGUAGAUUUCUAGUUAUAAUAAUUGAAGUUCCCCAGUUUUCAUA